GAAUCAUGGUCCGAAUCAUUCCUCAGUUUUCGUAACGAUGUCACUAACACUCUGUAUGUUGUGUGAUUUUCCCACCGAGUUUUCCCACCUUGAUGUUUUCAUUUUCUCAAUUGAGAAGGCAAUGGAACGCUGGCGUACAGCCUAACAUGCAGUGUCGAGUCGGAUUAUCGAUCACCAUGGCGACGAAUGUUGCUAUGACGACCGUUUGUUUUGAAAACUCAUGUCAUUGCUUCUGCAGUUUUAUUUACAGUUACUCUACCUGCGUUUUGAGUGCUUCCGCCACAAAAUGCCAUUGUUUAGUAGCAAAUUUGCACCAAAAACUAUUCCUGUGAGAAGACAAGAUACUUCGGUGAUAAAGAAUGAGUUCGGUAGUGAUUACGCGGCGAAAGAACUCUCGUUGGACAUGGGACCGUUGAAAAUAAAGCUAGGUGACUUCGAGGUGUCGUAUGAAGAUGGGCAAUGGAUACCAGCUUCGGGCAAAGCCGGCGCGGCGCACAAAGAGAACAUCCGCCUUAAAAAAGAGUUGGAACAGUUAGAAGAAGAAAACAACAUGUUGCGACUCAAAUUCGAAAUAUUACUGGACAUGAUGACGGAUAAGACUGUGGAGGCUGAGCAGGCAGAGUUGCAAAGGGCACAGAGUUUAGGAUCUUUGAAGGGGAAGAGUAAGAAACAGCGAUGGUCAUGAGACGAAAUAAGUCUGUAAGUAGAUUAAGUUUUUAUGCGAAUUUUGUAGAAAUAAAAGCCUGUUUUCAGAUAAAAGUAAUUGUUUUCAUUGUACUGAAUUAAUGAAGUAUGUAGCUUUUGGUUCUAAACAUUACCAUGAUGCUCU